AUUUAAAUUGUCGCAUGCAUCUUAUCUCUGUUAUGUAGCCUUUUUGUGGUUUCUCUUUUAAUCAUGUGGCAUAUCCUCCACAUGGCCACAAUAAACAACUGUGAGAAGCAUAUUUACAUUGUCCUUUUUCACCUAAAAGGAAGGAGAGUCAGUAUAUAUAGUAAACAAAAAAUUAAUGAACAGUUGUUUGAUGUUCAUAGCUAAAAAGGAGGUACAGUUUCAUGCAGAUCUAUAGUUUCUUCUGGAUCCAAAAGCAUAAAAUAUAAAGUACUAGAAAAGUCAGAUAAUAUUGGGCGACCGAUAUUAUUGGCUGAUAUUGGCAUAAAAUGAUAAUAUAUCUUUUUUUUUCCUGCAUAUAAUGAAAUCGGCAAGAAAAUGAUGCGCACCACAGAAACAAGCUUGUUCGCUCAGUAUGUCUACAACCUGAAAAUAUUUCCAAAUUUCACCUUUGGAUUGCAAAUAUCCAGUUUGCAAUUAUUGAAAGCGCUAUGAGGGAGGAAUGAGGUGUCUUCCUUUCCAAAUUGUGUUUCAGUUAAUGAUUUUUUUGUCAAGACAAAAUGUUUAAAAUAAUGAUUGCACUCUUCCAUAACUUACAUUGCAUAUUGAAGUAUACUGUAUGUCUUGUUUUGUACAAACAACAUUUAUUUGUGAAAUGCAUGAAGUGGCAUCACAGUAAAAGAACCAUAAUGUCUUCAUAACACAAGAUGUGGCCGAUAACAUACGUUUGAGGGACGAGCUGCUGCCUUUUCGGUAUUGGGUAAUAUCAAGAUUGGUAAUGAAGUGCUUGACAAUAUCCAUUAUUGGUAAAAAAAAAAAAAAAAGACAAUAUUGACGAUCUCUAUAAAGUACAAUAUACAAGCACAACAAAGCACAACAACCUCAUUUAAUUACAGAAGAGUUCAAACAUGUUAAAAGGGGAUUUUCCAUGUUAAUUUUUACAAUGCUGCUAAAAAAGAAACAGUGGUUGUGUCAUCAUAAAUAUUGGGAAAGUCAAUAAAAUAUAGGCUAAUGGAAACACGAAUUGCACGAUACCUAGCCACUAUAUUAAAUUAAUUGAGGAUGUCAUACAAAAUAAGUGUGGACAGGAACUGCACAAAAACAAACCCACUUUGAUGAAAGCAUAAUCUUGAAUGUUAAAAAUACCUCCAUGUUGGAAUCUAAUUCCUUCAAUUAUGGCUAAAUGUUCUGUAAUUCCACCAAAUAACCAGAGGGUGGCGCAAUUUAGCUGUUUUGUUAUUAUCCAUUCCACUCUUGCAUCGACAGGGAAUUUCUUAUUUAAUUUAGAGGAGGUUGUGGAAAGAAAAGGACAGCUCCGUGGUGCUGAAAUCUACACGGGACACGGCGGACCGUAUUAUUUUCCUCUAUUCUGGAUGGAUCCUUAAUUAUUGUGUCAAGAAUAUCACCUUGACGACUAUAAACACGUUUAUUGUACCACACUGACACGAACGCAGCGUGUAUAGGAAAUACUGGACUUCCCCGUGACAAUGAGGCCACACAAAAGGUACGUGCCUCUCAUUGUGUCCUUGUACACAAUUCACUGUGUUUGGGCUUCAGUGACUCAUUAUUCCAUUCCGGAGGAGCUCAAAGAAGGAUCAGUGGUUGCCAAUCUUGCAAACGAUCUCAGUUUGGACGUUACAAGUCUGAUUAGACGCAAGAUGCGCGUCGACAUCAUCGCUAAUAAGAAAUAUCUGGAUGUGAACAAAGAGACUGGGGAACUGUUCAUUGUGGAGAAGAUUGACAGGGAACAUAUUUGCACCACAAAAUCGACAUCAUCGUGUUAUCUUAAACUGGAGGUUACACUGGAAAACCCGCUGCGGAUUUUUAACAUAGAGUUAGAAAUACUAGAUAUGAACGACAAUGUCCCGCAGUUCAGAAGGGACUCCAUUAAUUUGGAUAUAUCUGAGUCUACGUCAGCAGGGGAAAGGUUCUCUUUGAGCAAUGCAGUAGAUCCUGAUGUGGGGAGCAAUUCAGUGAAAACAUAUCAUCUGAGUGAAAGCGAGCAUUUUAAUAUUGAGGUUCAGACUGGAAGAGAUGGGUCCAAAUUUGCAGAUUUGAUAUUAAAAAAGACAUUAGACAGAGAGCAGCAGGCUGUGCAUAAUUUAAUAUUAACAGCAGUAGAUGGAGGCACACCUCCUCGUUCUGGUACUGUCAGUAUUAUUGUUCAUGUUUUAGACACUAAUGACAACGCCCCUUUGUUUGAUAAUUCUAUUUACAGUGUCAAAAUCAUGGAGAAUUCUCCAAUUGGAAGCCUUGUUAUUGAUUUAAAUGCUACUGACUUAGAUGAAGGCUCCAAUUCUGAUAUCACAUAUUCAUAUAGUUUAUAUACACCAGAGAAAACACAAGAAACUUUUAAUCUGAAUCCUUCUACUGGUGAGAUUACUGUUAAAGGAAUGCUUAAUUAUGAAGAUUUUAGGAUUUAUGAUAUGGAAGUUAUAGCAGCAGACAAAGGAGUCAACACUCUAUCAGGACAAUGUACAAUCAAAAUUCAAAUUGAGGAUAUGAAUGACAAUCAUCCCGAAAUAUCUAUUAAAUCUUUCCAAAGUCCAGUCAGUGAGAAUAUUGAUGUAGACACAGUGAUAGCAGUGGUCAGUGUGAGUGAUAAGGACUCAGGUGACAAUGGGGUGGUGGAUCUUCACAUUCCUCAUAAUAUGCCUUUUAAACUGAAAGAGUCCUCUGAUAACUAUUAUAAGUUAGUGGUCUCAGAGCCAUUAGACCGUGAGAAGGUUCCAGAAUAUGACAUCACCUUCACUGUGACAGACAGAGGCUCCCCUCCUUUAAGUGACAAUGAAACAAUGACUUUACAUCUGCUGGAUGUGAAUGACAAUGUUCCACACUUCCCUCAGUCCUUUUAUACCAUACGUGUGAUGGAGAAUAACGCUCCUGGCGCCUUGCUCAGUUCACUCAGUGCGUUUGACCCUGACCUCCAUGAGAACCAGUACCUGGUUUACUUCAUCCUAGAGAAGGAAAUAGCCAACACCUCCAUGUCCAUGCUGUUCUCCAUCAAUCCAGAGAAUGGGAACCUUUACGCACUAAAGACUUUUGACUAUGAGAUGGAGAAGGACUUUCUUUUCCACAUUGAGGCCAGAGACUCUGGUUCUCCUCCACUCAGCAGCAACGUGACCGUCCACAUCAUCAUUGUGGACCAGAACGACAACGCUCCAGUUAUUGUCUCUCCUUGGCGAGCACACGGCUCGGUGGUGGAGGAAAAGAUCCCCAGAUCCACGGAUAAAGGCUCUCUGGUUGCCAAGGUGAUAGCCUUAGAUGUGGACUCGGUGCACAACUCUCGCAUCACCUACCAGUUCCUGCAGGUGACCGAUGCUACCUUGUUCAGUCUGGACCAGUACAACGGAGAGAUCCGCACCAUGAGGAUGUUCAGUUACAAAGAUCCACGUCAUCAGAGACUGGUUGUUGUUGCCAAGGACAACGGGGAGCCUGCUCUCUCUGCUACAGUCACCAUCAAGCUGUCCACAGUGGAGACUGCUGUGAAGACCUACUCAGACAUGACUGAGGUGCCUCUGGAAUAUGACAUCUUCUCAGACCUCAACCUGUAUUUGGUCAUCGGUCUGGGUUCAGUGUCCUUCCUGCUGCUCAUCACCAUCUUGGUCACCAUCGUGCUCAAGUGUCAGAAGGCCAAGCCCAGCAUAACGGCUCCCCCCAGCAGGAACAGUGUGAUCAGUGAGAGGAACUCCACCAUUGCUGAUUCCACUCUGGUGUCAAACGAUGCCUACUGGUACAGUCUGUUUCUAGCAGAGACCAGGAAAGGAAAGCUGGUGGUCAGACAGCCUCUGCCAAAGGGCUCCAGAUACAUCGUGUCCAGUAUUCCCAGGAGCACAGGCAUGUCUGAGACUAGUGGCUCUGCUACCUCUACCUUGCAGUACCCUAAAUGAGGGAAGUCCACUCUGCAGCAUGGAGGCAUCCACAACCAGCAGCACCAGAUCGACAUAAGGCAGGAACUCCUUGCUGCAUAUCGGACCAAUCCUGAUGGGUGAGCGACAGAGGAAAAAGAGAUGACCUUGCGUUGACAUCGCUCCCAUGGCCUUCAUGCUCCGCCUGGUUCUUCACACUCGAGAUCCUGAAUGCAAUGGCUGAUGAUAUAAACGCCGACCCACUACCCUCUCUUCUUUCUUUAAGCACAUGAAAAGCCAAUCAAAGCCUUUCUAAUAAUCUCUUCAUUGUGCAUGAUAUGACUGCAUGGCUUCAACCACACUCUAAGAGCGUCAUCCCCGCCCGAAAAAUGUUAAGGAGAUGUUACUUGCCAAGAAAUAGACUGUGCCGUGUGGAUUGUGAAAAAAGCCAAAUGAAUAAGGGGACUAUUUGAGUGGACAAUGGAAUGUUGAAUUGCCUACAAGAGACUGUUUUCCCUCUUAAAAAGGAACACCCAUUAUGUGUAGUUUACAAUUGUAUGAACUUUUGUGCUUUGUGUUGCCCAUUAUCCACAUGAGUGACAUUUGAAAUGGCACAAUUUACAAAAAAAUAAGCACCAGUGCGAUUUUUCUUAAAUCCAAGUUUUGUAAAAAGUGACUUUAGGUUUUGUAAAUGACAUUGUGCUUUAUAUGUACGCAAGGCCCACAAAGAUGAACAAGUGUGCAGAGUGAUUCAACAAACUCAACAGGUCUGUUCACAUGAAUUAAGUAGGAUUCAGUACAAAAAUAAUGCACUGCAAUUAGCAGACAAGUGUGUUGAAAAAUCUUGCCCUGACUAUUACCUGACUAUUACCUAUUUUGCCACUAUUACUCUGGCAAAAUAGUGUUGCACAUGCAACUGAGGCCACUACAAUUGUCAAGCAAUGCUUAAACUUUUGUAUACAAAAUUAUCUCCCAUAAACAAGUAACUCAAACACAGAAAAAGGGGGCCUUUUGUCAACAUGUAGCUAUUUUUCACUUGUUUUGCAUGCCAUAACCAUAGUAAGAGUUUUAGUUAUUGUGUGAUAAAAUUCAUUUUCUGUAUUGCAUCACAUGUAUUCUCUCAGAGCAAGAUACAAGAGGGACCAACAGUAUAAGAACUGCAUUGCAUUGUUUUCUCCUAAAGAACAGGUGGCUGUUGUGACGUGUAUGCAUUCAAAAAAAGCAGUCACCAUAAUGAGUGCGUUUGAAUGUUAAGGACUAAAGUAAACCGAAGUGUGUAGAUAUGACAAAGUACAGGUGUAUCUAACAUAUUGAUUACUUUUAUCUAAGAAGCCAAACUCUGGAUGUUCCUUCAUAUCAACCUUGUCUGAUGUUGUACAACUCAAAGCUAAUAGCAUACAGUUAUGUACUAAAUGUUUACAGUACUGGAAUAGUGUGCACUUUUCAUCUAUUGGAAGCUGUGCUCAGGUGUAUUACUGACUCCUGUACCUGCAAUGCAACACAGAAAUACAUGGUGGCAGAACUGGAUGUAGUCUUCAUAAUGAUUUUCAUAUUACAUUUUUUGUUAAAAUACAUCAAGGUGUGUUUUCACAUCAUACUGAGUAUAAAGGUAUAGAUUCAAUACGCAAAGCAAAACAGCCACUGAUUUCAGUAUAUUCUGACACAAUGCCUUUGAGUGGAAGCAGUUUAAUGUUGUUUCAAUUGUGUUGUCAUAACUUGAACUACAUCAAAAACUGUGUCUGACCUUUUCAGUGCCACUGAACUGCUGUGCCAUCACACAAACUAAAUCGCUUUAACUUACACAGUAUGUACAGCAUAUAAAGUAUUAUAUAGUAUGUUGAUACCAUGCAAGCGCACAGCUGAAAUUGCAUCAGAGAACAUGUUUAAAGUUGUAAUGUUUUCCAGGCAAGUAUGCAUACAAUAAGUCCAUUUGUACAGUGGUGUUUUGACAGUGAAUCGUAUUCUAAAAUUGUGUGUGUGUAAUGUGAGUUUAUUGUAUGACCGAUUGAAUAAAAAACAUAUUGGGAACAAAA